AUGCGGCAGACGGUUAAAACUCUUGCUAAUCAAGCGUUCGAAAAUUUCAUUUUGCGUUCCGUGCGAAUUGAAUUAGCAAAAUGUGAAAACAACAUAGAAGAGAAUGCUCUUAAAAAACUUGAUCAUCCAAACGUCGUCAAACUUUAUCACGUUGAAAGCGACCUUGAUUUCAGAAUUUAUGCGCUGGAACUGUGCCAAUUAUCGCUGCAUCAAUUAUUCCACGGCGAAGAGGCACAGAAAAAAUAUCGCGAUAAAAUGGCCCCAGAAAAGGAUGUUUGCCUCCAGUUGGCCAAGGGAUUGGCACACAUUCAUGAAAACCAAUUGAUCCAGCGCGAUCUCAAGCCGGAAAACGUUCUCAUCUGGGUGGAUUCCACUGGAGAAAAAGUCGUGGUGAAAUGGGCCGAUUUCGGACUUAGCAAACAAGUCAACCCACGAGGAAGUCAUUCCAUAAGUGGAAUGAGAGGAACCGACAACUGGUAUUCCCCUGAAAUAUUGAAGAUAUUUGAAGAGGAAGGAAAUGAUGGUAAAACCUCGGGUAAAACCAUGAUCCGCUAUAACAUAACAACCAUAACAUCACUGAAAUCACUGACAUCACCCAACAUUCGUCAAAGAGGAACAGUCAAGAGCGACGUUUUUAGCGCGGGACUUGUUUUUGGCUAUUAUCUAUUAGGCGGUGAUCAUCCUUUUGGUUCAGCUUUAAAUGUUCUACUAAACAUUGUCAACAAUGAACCAGUCAAUCUGAAAAAAAUAAAAGAACAUCAUGCACGCGAUCAUCAUGAACAUGCUGUUGAAGGCCAAUCCCAACGAGAGGAUUUCAUCGGCCGAUGUUGUUUCGAAAAUAAAAUUUUUGAAUAUUCAGAAAAACAACUUGACAGAACUCCAGUUAAGAAUUGCGCGAUCGGUUCAACCUAUUUCUGCAAACAAUCGAUGGAAAUUGGGGAACAAAAUUUCCAUUUUAAAAUUACUGGGAGGGUACAGCUCCCUGAAGUUUGAUGUAACUGUAGACGACGAUGCUUUAUCAUUUAAUUCUUUCUUAUCUGCAGAAGAUAAUGAAGGCACUCAUUCUGGGGCCGACAGCCUUUACGAUACGAUGUUGCAACUCAUCGACGAAUUUGACGCCACCGGCAUUGCUGAGAUUUUCCGUCUGUUGCUGGAAAGGAGGUCUGCCAUUCCGCUUUUCGUUCCCAAAUCCAAGGAACACUAUCUAAGCUUGCUAAAGCACGUUACAUUGCCCAGGAUCGCCAACAUUAGCCUGGGUAAUGACAAGUCCUUGCAUCGCGUCGCUGUCAUUUCCUGCCGCCAGAGGGACAAGAGUCAGACUUGCGACAUUCUGAAAAGCGUCUUCAACAUUUUCAGCCUCCAUGCCCUCGAUUUGUCAAAAAGUAAUAUAACUUCGGAAAAUAUGUUGGCCGAAAUUGGGUGUGGCUGCAUAGUGACAGCAGACAAGUCCGGCACCCAAACGAUUCAAAACGUCUUGGUCGUUCACGUCAUUGGAGAUUUCAGGCCACUGUGGUCAUUUCUGCGACGUUUUGCCGAUUGUUUUAUGAUUGAAGAUUCGACUGUUCCAUCAGAAAGUUUCUUCUCUUCAUUCAUGACAGAAGAGAAAAAAAGGGAAAUCGAUUCAAAAGACGCUUCAAACGGAGUAGCGACGAACAAGUCAACUAGUUGCAUUUGGAAACCGUCGUUUGAAAGGUCGAGCAGUAAACGAAAUGUGAAGAAGUCAAUGGAUUCAAUCAUUUUUUCAUAGAAAACCAACUUUCAGACGUAUCAAAAAUCGAAUUAAAAUCGCGUAUUAUCUCCUGCCUACAGAUAACGUCGACUCAACGUUAUUUUGAAAAGAAUCGAUGGGAAUUGCACAAAAUUCCCAUUUUAGAAGCGGAAGGGUACAGCUCGUUGUACUGCGUGUCACCGGAAGAAAUCGAGUCAAGAAUUAGGCGAUCGGUCCGAGUCAAAUAUAAUUUGGUAAAGAAAUCCGCAUUUCUGCUACAGCAAGAUUUUAUGCAGGAAUCGAAACACGUAGAGGUCAAAAUGGAAAACCAACUGCAGGAAGAAAUUGUACGUGACCAAGAAGAAAAGAUCAAAGUCAUCCGUGAAAGGCGUCGAAAAAACACCCGUAGGGUUGCAUACGACCAAUUACUCCAACUGUUUCUGAGUUUUCUUGACAGCCAAGACCCUUGCUCUCGCGUUUUGUCCAUCCGGGUGUUGGAGAAAGAAUUGGCCAAUCGCGGAAAACAGGAACUUGGCCAUCUUUUGGAGAACGCUCAGAGGUUGUCAACGUCGUACUACGACAAAUUACACAAAACCGGUGAUGAAAAAGAUUUAGAGUGGGCGAAAGAAGAACUUCUCUGGGCUAAAUCCGACCUGAUAGAAAGUGCACUCAACAUGGAACAUUUGUGGAGGGAACUGAGUCAUCUCUACAUGGACACGGAACCGAAAGAGCGUUCGUCGAUAAUUCAAAAAAUUCCCCAACUGGCAGCUCAGCAUUUACUGGACGGAUUCUGCCUCGAGCUACUCGACGGCGACUCCAAUUUGAUCCACUUGCAGUGGGUGGAAGAAGUUUUACUCCAACUGGGCAAAUUGGUGAAAGGAAAAGGCGUCUUUGUCUUGUCCGUCAUGGGCAUCCAGAGCAGCGGCAAAUCGACUUUGCUCAACACAAUGUUCGGCAUCCGAAUGCUGCCGAGCAGCAGCCGAGCAGCUGCUGGCCUUCGAGGGCCGACCAGAGUACGACUACAUUUUACUGCUGGACACGGAAGGGACACGAUCACCGGAAUAUCACGGCCUGGCCGGAAGCGAAAAACGGGACAAUCAAAUGGCAACUCUGCGCAUUUUACUGUCGGACGCGACCAUCAUCGUCAUCCCGGGCGAGAACGAUGCGGCCGUCAAAGAAUUCCUGCCGAUCGUUUUAAUGGCCAACCAAGAUUCCCAACUGGCCAAAGAAAACGGCGGACGACUUCGCACGAGGAUCUUUUUCGUUUACAACCGCAUCGACACGGAACAGAAAAACAAGUUAGACACCAUCAUUCAAACACUAGGAACUUCACUUCACGAAGCUUUCAGCCAAGUCCAAAAUAUGACUGGCAAUUCGAGUAAUUUAAAGUCGGAAAGUCCUUUCGCCAAUUUCAAUCUCACCUCGACCUACUCGUCGCGUAGUGACGUCUGCAUUUUGGGAAACGUCAACAAACAAACCAAACCGCCAGGUGAUGUGCCGGAUGAAGAAUACAGACAAGAACUCAUACAGUUUCGGGAACACAUCCAUCAACGUGUGACA